CUACUCUUCAGAUAGACGUGCUCUGAAGGCUCCGUGCUGUCUUCAAGAACCCGACUGGACAGGGCCAGCUCUCAAGGCUCCCCUCCACCCACACGAUUCCUCACUGGCUCCGUACUGUCGAACAACGCACCACGCCAUGGUCGAGAAGCGCGGCCGCUCGCCCUCCAGAUCGCGCUCGCGGUCGACGUCGCCCCCGCGACAGCGCAAGCGACCCGGCGCCGGAGCGCGGCUCUCCCAGGCCGACCGCGACGCCGCGCUCCGCAAACAGCGCGAGCGCGAGCAGGAAGCGGCGCGCGUGGCCCAGCAAGAGGCGGCGUCGCGCGGCGUGCACGAUGUGGUCAAGCAGCACUACAACAUGGUGCCCGAGCGCGGCCGCGAGUGGCGGCAGACGGACAGCAAGAUCAAGGGCCUGCGCAGCUACAACAACUGGGUCAAGUCGUCGCUCAUCCAAAAGUUCAUCGGCGACGAGCGCAACCUCAAGAUCCUCGACAUCGGCUGCGGCAAGGGCGGCGACCUGCAGAAGUGGCAGGCCUCGCGCAAGGUCGAGCUGUACGUCGGCUGCGACCCGGCCGAUGUGUCGAUCAAGCAGGCCAAGGACCGCUACGCGUCCAUGCAGAAGAAGUCGCGCCGUCUGUUCCACGCCGAGUUCUACGCAAAGGACUGCUUCGGCGAGUGGCUGGGCGACAUCCCCAUCAUCCGCGACGUCGGCAUCGACCCGGGUGUUGGCCCCGGGAACGCCGUGAGCCAGCGCUGGGGCGGCGGCGGCUGGGACAUGGUGACGAUGAUGUUCUGCAUGCACUACGCGUUCGAGUCCGAGGCCAAGGCCAAGGGCAUGCUGCGCAACGUUGCCGGCGCCCUGAAGAAAGGCGGCCGCUUCAUCGGCUGCAUCCCCAACUCGGACAUACUCUCCGCCAAAGUCGUCGAGCACCACAAGGCCAACGGCACCGCGCCCGCAGACACAAACGGCGCCGACGGCGCCGACGGCGCCGACGACGACGACCGGCCGGCGUUUGCGAGCGACGACGAAGGCGAGUGGGACCCGGAGAAGAGCCUCGACAGCCCCAAGCCAGAAGACACGACGCCCGCAGCCCCCGAGCAGCCCGCCGCCGACAGCAAAGACAAGAAGCCCGACGUCGAGGACGGCGAGAUUGAAGACUCGGGCUUCGCAUUCGGGAACAGCAUCUACCGCGUGAAAUUCUCAGGCAAGACGCCGCCAGACGGCACCUUCCGCCCGCCCUACGGCUGGAAGUACUUUUACUGGCUCGAGGAGGCCGUCGAGGCGCCCGAGUACGUCGUGCCCUGGGAGGCCUUCCGCGCCCUCGCCGAAGACUACAACCUCGAGCUGCAGUACCGCAAGCCCUUCCGCGACGUCUGGGACGAGCACAAGGACGAUGCCGAACUUGGGCCGCUGAGCGACCGCAUGGGUGUUCGUGAUCGCCGCUCGGGACAGCUGCUCACGCGCGAGGACGAGCUUGCUGCCAGUGACUUUUACCAUGCGUUUUGCUUCUACAAGGUUUAGCCUGACUUUUGUCUGCUC